UUCUAUGAUAGUGAGGAAGAGAGAGCAACUGCCCUUGAUGAUGGAUUUGGAGUUAAUGAUGUGGAUGAUAGGAAAACUGAGGAUAAGAUGAAAAUAGUUCUCAGAUCUGUUAGAUAUAGUGAUAGUGAGGCAAAAUUUGGAGAUGAAGAGUAUGUGAGUGAUGAAUUAGGUAGCUCGGACCCAGAUGAUUCUGAUGGAGAUAGAGGUCCUAGACCACUAAGGUUUAAUAAAGAAAAAUUUAAUGAAAAAUUUCAAUUUGAGAAAGGUAUGGAAUUUAAUUCCCUAGCUGAAUUUAGAAAGGCUAUCCGUGAUUGGAAUGUAAGAAAUGGUUAUGUAAUUGAUUUUCCGAAAAAUGAGAGUUAUAGGGUAAGGGUAGUGUGCACAAAAAAAUGUGGCUAUUAUAUGUUGUGCUCUAGAGUGGGCCACAAGCACACAUAUGCCAUAAAGACAGAUAAAAUUGAUCAUACAUGUAUUAGAUCAUUGAACAACAAAUCUGCAAACUCACGGUGGGUUGCAAAUGCGGUGAUAAAAAAAAAUGCAAACUUCAGAGAAAGUUAGGAUUCAAGACAUAAUUCUAGACAUGAGAAUAAAUUAUGCAUUGAAUAUUACCGCUAGCAUAGCAUGGAAGGCCAAGAAAAUUGCAGCUGCAAUAAUUGAAGGAGAAGCUGAUAAUCAGUAUACUAAAUUAGGGAGGUAUGCAGCUGAGUUAAGAAGGGUGUGUCGGAACAAUACUAUCAAGAUUAAUAUUGACAGACCAAAUCCAGUAUUACCACCUAGGUUUGGAUCUUUUUAUUUUAGCUUCGAUGGUUGUAAGAGAGGUUUCAUCUAUGGGUGUAGACCAUUUGUUGGAGUUGAUGGUUGUCACCUGAAGACAAAAUAUGGUGGCCAACUUCUAAUUGCUGUUGGUAGGGAUCCCAAUGACCAGUACUUUCCACUAGCCUUUGGUGUUGUAGAAACAGAGACAAAGGAAAGCUGGAGAUGGUUUUUACAAUUGUUAAUGGAGGACAUUGGACAAGAUAAGAGGUUUGUUUUCAUCUCAGAUCAGCGAAAGGUAUGUGAUAUAUUCUCAUAUUUGUUCUUUAUGUUAUUUCUUUUGUAA